UCUUCGUCUUGGACAUCGGAGAAUAGCACAAACAGCUAUUUUUGCACGCCAUUGUUCUCAGAAGACCCUCUGCCAACACCGUGCAUGGUUCAAGUGAACCCUGUGCGGUACGGAUUCAAUAGUCCCUGGCAGCGUAGUAUGAACAUGUUGAUCCAUGGAACGUGGUCAUGCGACGUAGUACCAUAAGGCCACCGAGAUGACGAUGACGCCCUCGCAUCAGACGAGAGGAGAAUUAUUUAAGACCCUAUGGUAAACAUGUAUCUCUUCGUUGUAAUCUCAAAGACUUCUCACAUCAAAGCAACUUACUGUCCUCACUUCAAUCCCUUUCGCACAAACCAAUCAUCCACUACAAAAUCAACAUUCAACGCCCGUUAACACCAUGCGCUACACACUCGCCUUCGCCACUCUCGCAACCUCGGUCGCAGCUGUAGGCAAUGCCGUAGUAAAGAACCAAUGCACAAGCGCCAUCUACGCAUGGUCUGUCAGUUCUACAGUCAGCAGCCAGCAAACCAUCGCUCCCAACGGCAACUUCUCGGAGCCCUUCCACCGCGACGACACAACCGGUGGCAUCGCACUCAAGAUCACGCGCGCCGCUGAUGGCUUGUACAACGGUUCUCCACAGCAGAUCUUCUCGUACUCGCUUGAUGGCGCCACCGUCUGGUAUGAUCUGAGCACUGCUUUUGGCGAGCCUUUCACUGGAUCCAAGAUCACUGUUACCCAGGAGGGCAGCAGGUCCAUUGAGUGGCCGACUGGUAGCAACCCCGGUGGUAGCCAGGUCAAGGCUGGUGUCAGUGAGAGGGAUGUUGUGUUCACGGCUUGUGCUUAGAGACGAGUGACUAGUAUUGAGCAUGGAGGCUGAAAAAGAUAAUGAGAAGUGCUGGAUAAGAGUUGGCUUAAUGAUAAUGUUAUAACAAAUCAC